GGGCCCCGCGUGGCUGCGGUGCGCGCGCCCGAACGCGCGGCCGGGCCUUAUAAAGGGAGCACGGCGAGGCGCGCGCACCACUGCGCAGAGGGUUCUCUGUGGCCUGUGCCGCACGCCUGCGCAGUGCGGGCCGCUCCCCGCCCCCUGCCCCGCCGCUCCUCAGCCGGCAGGCCCGGCCCAGCUUCGGCUCCUCGCCCUCGCCCGGCUCUCAGCCAUCACUCUACCCUGCAGCAGCCAGCCCGGCCUCCGGCAGCAUGUUCAGCUGGGUCAGCAAAGAUGCCCGCCGCAAGAAGGAGCCGGAGCUCUUCCAGACGGUGGCCGAGGGAUUGCGGCAACUAUACGCGCAGAAGCUGCUGCCCCUGGAGGAGCACUAUCGCUUCCACGAGUUCCACUCGCCCGCGCUGGAGGACGCUGACUUCGACAACAAGCCUAUGGUGCUCCUCGUGGGCCAGUACAGCACGGGCAAGACCACCUUCAUCCGGCACCUGAUCGAGCAGGACUUCCCCGGGAUGCGCAUCGGGCCCGAGCCCACCACCGACUCCUUCAUCGCGGUCAUGCAUGGCCCCACCGAGGGCGUCGUGCCGGGCAACGCGCUCGUCGUCGACCCGCGGCGCCCUUUCCGCAAGCUCAACGCCUUCGGCAACGCCUUCCUGAACAGGUUCAUGUGCGCCCAGCUGCCCAACCCGGUCUUGGACAGCAUAAGCAUCAUCGACACUCCCGGGAUCCUGUCUGGAGAGAAACAGCGCAUCAGCAGAGGUUACGACUUCGCGGCCGUCCUCGAGUGGUUCGCUGAGCGGGUGGACCGCAUAAUCCUGCUCUUCGAUGCCCACAAGCUGGACAUCUCCGACGAGUUCUCGGAAGUCAUCAAGGCGCUCAAGAACCAUGAGGACAAGAUCCGCGUGGUGCUGAACAAGGCCGACCAGAUCGAGACCCAGCAGCUGAUGCGGGUCUACGGGGCCCUCAUGUGGUCCCUGGGGAAGAUCAUCAACACCCCCGAGGUGGUCAGGGUGUACAUCGGCUCCUUCUGGUCGCACCCGCUCCUCAUCCCCGACAACCGCAAGCUCUUCGAGGCCGAGGAGCAGGACCUCUUCAAAGACAUCCAGUCUCUGCCCCGAAACGCCGCCCUCAGGAAGCUCAAUGACCUGAUCAAGAGGGCGCGGCUGGCCAAGGUCCACGCCUACAUCAUCAGCUCCCUCAAGAAGGAGAUGCCCAAUGUCUUUGGUAAAGAGAGCAAAAAGAAAGAGCUGGUGAACAGCCUGGGCGAGAUCUACCAGAAGAUUGAACGGGAGCAUCAGAUCUCCCCCGGCGACUUCCCCAGCCUCCGCAAGAUGCAGGAGCUCCUGCAGACCCAGGACUUCAGCAAGUUCCAGGCCCUGAAGCCCAAGCUGCUGGACACGGUGGACGACAUGCUGGCCAACGACAUCGCCCGGCUGAUGGUGAUCGUGCGCCAGGAGGAGUCCCUGAUGCCUGCCCAGGUCGUGAAGGGCGGCGCUUUCGACGGCACCAUGAACGGGCCCUUUGGGCACGGCUACGGCGAGGGGGCCGGCGAGGGCAUCGACGACGUCGAGUGGGUGGUGGGCAAGGACAAGCCCACCUACGACGAGAUCUUCUACACACUGUCGCCCGUCAAUGGCAAGAUCACGGGCGCCAACGCCAAGAAGGAGAUGGUGAAGUCCAAGCUGCCCAACACGGUGCUGGGGAAGAUCUGGAAGCUGGCCGACGUGGAUCGGGACGGGCUGCUGGACGACGAGGAGUUCGCCCUGGCCAACCACCUCAUCAAAGUCAAGCUGGAGGGCCACGAGCUGCCCGCCGACCUGCCCCCGCACCUGGUCCCGCCCUCCAAGCGGAGGCACGAGUGAGCGACCCCCACUCCCACCGGCUGGCCAGGCGGAGGCUGCAGGGGAGGGUCGGGUCAGCGAUUCCCAAGACCAUAAAGACUGAGCCAUAUUUCCUCAGCUCGCAAAGGAAAACCACCAUCUUUGUCUUAAGGCUGCUCCUGGGGAGGCAGGGGUGAUACUCGAUGGAAUUUUGUGCAUAAGAACCAUGGAUAUUUUUAAUAUAUAACGUUAAGAGGCAG